AUGGCGAAUAAUUACGAGCAUUCGAAUAAACGUCAACGUACCGAUGACGGUAAAAGGGAUCCUGAGGAUCGUUUCAAACCACCACCAUCACCAUGUGUUCAUGUCAGAGGCUUGUCAGAGCUGGCAACAGAUGGGGAUCUUGCAGAAGCUGUCCAGCAUUUUGGGGCUGUCAGGGAUGUUAUGAUGAUGCCUCGAAAGCGCCAGGCUUUGAUUGAGUUUGAGGACAUAAAUGGGGCCAAGAACUGUGUUGAAUAUUGCCAGCAAGGAAACUCCAUUUAUUGUGCUGGACAGCCGGCGUUCUUCAACUAUUCCCUCAGCCAGAAGAUUCAGAGACCAGGUGAAGAAGAUACUAGAGCUCCCAACCACAUCUUGCUGUUCACAGUUGUCAACCCCCAGUAUCCCAUCACUGUGGAUGUGAUGCACACCAUAACCAGUCCGUAUGGCCAGGUACAGAGGAUCGUUAUCUUCAAGAAGAAUGGUAUUCAAGCAAUGGUGGAAUUUGACAAUGUGGAGUCAGCCAAGCGGGCAAAGCAGGCACUGAAUGGUGCCGACAUCUAUUCUGGGUGCUGUACUCUUAAAAUAGAGUAUGCAAAGCCAACACGUUUAAAUGUCAUUCGAAAUGAUGCUGAUAGCUGGGAUUACACAAACCCAGCGCUCGGAGGGAAAGAGCCACCAAGUGGACGCGGACAGCCUCUCUUGCAGGAGCCCAGAUUUGGUGCGCACCCAGUUCCCUACAAUGGACCCGCUGGCGGCAAUUUUGGGGCAGGUGGGCCACCACCUAAUGGGCCUCAGCAUUUUGGGGGCCCAGCUGGGGGAGGAGGGUAUUAUGAUGAAUAUGAGGGGUAUGGACGGCCUCGAUCGUAUGGGGGUCCAGGCGAAAGAUAUGGACCCAAAGGACCUGUUCAGGAGCACUUUGGUCGUGGUGGCUAUGAGGGAGGUCCUGGCUCAGGGGGAGCUGUCUGCAUGGCAUAUGGUCUCAACAUGGAUAAAAUAAACUGCGACAAGCUGUUCAACCUCUUUUGUCUGUAUGGGAACGUUGUUCGGAUCAAGUUCCUGAAGAGCAAAGAGGGGUCAGCCAUGAUUCAGCUUGGAGAUCCCAUUUCCGUUGAAAGAGCCAUAGCUAAUUUAAAUAAUGCAUUUUUCUUUGGCAACAAGCUUCAGUUGAGCGUCUCCAAGCAGGCAUUCCUGCAGGAAGUCCCAAAUCCUCAUGAACUCCCAGAUGGGACAUCUUCCUACAAGGAUUUUAUGAGCAACCGCAACAACCGCUUCACCAACCCUGAAUCAGCCCAGAAGAACCGUAUUCAGAGUCCCUCAAAGGUUCUGCACUUUUUCAAUGCCCCACCAGGCAUCACUGAAGAGGAAAUCAAUGAGCUGUUUGAGAAUGCUAUUGGAAAACAGCCACUCAAAAUCAAACAGUUUCCGUCAAAGACUGAACGUAGCAGUACUGGACUUGUGGAGUUUGAAAACAAAAGUGAUGCUAUUGAAGCUUUAAUCAUGGUGAACCACACACCUGUCAACACUGCAGGCGGUAAAACACCAUUCAUCUUCAAGUUGUGCUUCUCCGCCAUGCCUCUGACUGGCUGA